AUGUCGGGGCAGACGCUGACGGACCGCAUCGCCGCGGCUCAGUACAGCCUGACGGGAUCCGAGGUGUGCCGAGCGGUGUGCAAAGCCACCACGCACGAACAGACAGCCCCGAAGAAGAAACACUUGGAGUACACCAACACCCGGCGUGCCUGGAAGAAGGAGGCCUUCGACCUCUUCAUGGACCACACCUUCUUCCAGAUGGACUCCUCCUGCGUCAGCCACUGGAGAGCGAUCAUUGACCACUUGAUGACUCAUGACAAGACCACAUUCAGAGACCUCAUGACUCGGGUGGCUGUAGCCCAGAGCAGUUCCCUGAGUCUGUUCACCAACAGAGAUGCUGAGCUGGAGCAGAGGGCCAUGCUGCUUAAACGUCUGGCCUUCACCAUCUACAGCAGCGAAGUGGACCAGUAUCAGAAAUAUCUGCCUGACAUACAAGAGCGUCUCGUGGAGAGCUUGCGUCUGCCUCAGGUGCCCAUCCUUCAUGCUCAGGUGUUCCUGUUCUUCAGAGUGCUGCUGCUGCGCAUGUCACCUCAGCACCUCACCUCUCUGUGGCCCACCAUGAUCACUGAGCUGGUUCAGGUGUUUCUACUGAUGGAGCAGGAGCUGACAGCAGAUGAGGACAUAUCAAGGACAUCCGGGCCAUCUGUGGCUGGGCUAGAGACCACCUAUUCUGGAGGGAACGGCUUCUCCACCUCCUACAACAGUCAACGCUGGCUCAACCUCUAUCUCUCUGCCUGCAAGCUUCUGGAUCUGGCCUUGGCGCUGCCUCCCGAGAGCCUGCCUCAGUUUCAGAUGUAUCGCUGGGCCUUCAUCCCAGAGGCGUCAGACGAUUCGGGGUUGGAAGUGAGACGUCAGGGGAUUCACCAGAGAGAGUUUAAGCCCUACAUUGUCCGACUAGUGAAGCUGCUGAGGAAACGAGCCAAGAAAAACCCAGAGGAGGACUGCUCCACCCAAACCCUGUCCUGGGAGCCAGGUCACCUAAUGCUGACCCUCUACGUGAUCCGCAGUAUGGAGCAGCUGCUGCCCUUCUUCAACUUGCUCAGCCAGGUGUUCAGCAGCAAGGCCAGCAGCCGCUCAGGCCCCGCCUACGCUCACAACCGCACAGAUGCCUCUUUCCCCAGCCACAAGGAGGGCCACAAACUGGAGAGCCAGAAAGUGUUCUGGAGUCGAGCUCGACAAAACAUUGAGGAGAUGGUUGAAAAAGACUUUCUAGAGGGGCUCAUCAAGACGUGAGGUCAAAACAAGCGGAGGGAGAGGGAACUAACACACAACUGAUCAACACUAGUGAACCUCAACCUGUACAUUAAAAAAAACUAUAUGGGACUAUAAACUUGGGGAGGAGUUUGUACAUUCUUUUUUUUUUUUUUUUAUAAUGAUUUUUCUUUUAAAAGCUACUUUAUUGAUUUUAAUUAUUUGUAUAUAUGGAGCAGCUUUGAUGACUUUCAACAUUUCAUGUGAGUCCUUUAGGAUAAAGUGAAAAUGCUGUGCCAUUCCAUAUC